CCGUAGGUCAAAAAGAAAACUAAAAUAUACAAAAUGGCAGCUGCAGAGGAUCCAAACAUGACUCAACAAGGUCCAGCCUUUGAUUCGAAUGCAAUGACUUUAACGCGUUUCGUUCUUCAAGAACAACGCAAAUUCAAAAAUGCAACUGGUGAUCUCUCCCAACUCCUGAAUUGCAUACAAACGGCCAUUAAGGCUAUCGCAUCCGCAGUACGAAAGGCAGGAAUUGCCAAAUUACACGGCAUUGCAGGCGAUACCAAUGUACAAGGUGAAGAAGUUAAAAAACUCGAUGUACUUUCUAAUGAGCUGUUUAUAAAUAUGUUAAAAUCUUCCUAUACUACGUGUUUAUUGGUUUCUGAGGAGAAUACUGACUGCAUUGAAGUAGAAACGGAACGUCAGGGUAAAUAUGUCGUUUGCUUCGACCCAUUGGAUGGUUCUUCAAACAUCGACUGCUUAGUAUCUAUUGGUUCCAUUUUUGCUAUAUAUCGUAAAAAAACCGAAGGUGUGCCCACAGUAGAUGAUGCAUUACAACCCGGUAAUCAAAUUGUUGCUGCUGGUUAUGCGCUUUACGGUUCAGCAACAGCAAUAGUUUUGGGCUUAGGUUUCGGCUCUGGUGUUAAUGGUUUUACUUAUGAUCCGGCGAUUGGUGAAUUUAUACUCACAGAUCCAAAUAUGCGUGUACCAGAAAAAGGUAAAAUCUAUGCCAUAAAUGAAGGCUACGCUGCAGAUUGGGAAGCAGGCGUUUAUAAUUAUGUUGCCGCUAAAAAAGAUCCCACAAAGGGUAAACCGUACGGUGCACGUUACGUUGGCUCAAUGGUAGCUGAUGUACAUCGGACCAUUAAGUAUGGAGGCAUUUUUAUUUAUCCAGCUACAAAAUCUGCACCAAAUGGCAAAUUACGAUUACUCUAUGAAUGCAAUCCCAUGGCAUAUCUAAUUGAAGAAGCUGGCGGACUAGCCAGUAAUGGUAAAAUUGGCAUAUUAGAUAUUGUACCACAAAAGAUACACGAACGAUCACCGAUAUUUUUGGGUUCCAAAAAGGACGUGGAAGAAGCUCUAAGCUAUCUACAAUAGUUUCGAUUGUCAAAACAAUUCUAUAUGUGCCUUAUACAAAUUACUCUCCACUACUAUAUGUUCAAGUUAUAGACUGUAUCAUUUUUUUAAGCUCUAAAAUAUAGUUUUUUUUAAUAAUUGACAAAACGAAAUUGUUAUAAAAAUAAAAAUAAUUA